GACAUGGCUUUUUCGUUUUCAACACGAAAAGGGGUUAUAUUUUUCUAGCAUAAACAGUUUCAGGUGACUGAAAUUGGAAACGAAAAUCAGAAAAACUCAGAAAUCGAUUAUGGAGUGUGUAUUCGGAUUAGUAGGAAAUGAUUUCGCUGUUGUGGUAGCUGAUUCGUCAGCAGUACACAGCAUCCUCGUUCACAAAUCCAAUGAAGACAAGAUCAUGUUUCUAGAUUCUCACAAACUCAUUGCUGCUAGUGGAGAACCCGGUGACAGGGUUCAGUUUACUGAGUAUGUUCAAAAGAACGUUGCUUUGUAUCAGUUCCGUAAUGGAAUCCCUCUCACGACUGCCGCUGCCGCUAAUUUCACUCGUGGCGAGCUCGCCACCGCUCUCCGCAAGAACCCUUACUCUGUGAACAUCCUUCUUGCUGGUUAUGACAAAGACAUAGGCCCGUCACUAUACUACAUUGACUACAUUGCAACCCUUCACAAGCUUGAAAAGGGAGCUUUUGGUUAUGGUUCCUAUUUCUCACUGUCAAUGAUGGACAGACACUUCCAUAGUGGAAUGUCUGUGGAAGAAGCAAUUGAUCUUGUUGAUAAGUGCAUUAUGGAAAUCAGAUUAAGGUUGGUUGUCGCACCUCCAAACUUUGUUAUCAAGAUUGUUGAUAAGGAUGGUGCAAGAGAGUAUGCAUGGCGUGAAUCAGUCAAGGAUGCUCCUGCACCUGCAGCCGAGUAAACUGUAUUCCUUAUCACGAUUGGACUUCUUUUCAACAAAUUUUUCCUUCCACUUUCUCAUUUCUAAAUGGUUUUGAGAUAUAAUCUGAAAAUCAUAGUCUCUAAAUGGUCGAAAGAAAAACACUAUGUUGUUUGAAUUAAUAUGUAUGACUAGAUUUUAAUACACCUCAAGACUGUAAUUUGAAAAUUGAAGGGGUUGAAUAUUGCUUGAGGAAAGGUCUAGUGAAAAAUGAAGUGAGCUAUUUAUGUUUGUGUGAUUGUUUCUAAUCAUGUGCUAAUCAUGUGAACAUCGACACUGGAAUGUUUUCACAAUAUUGUUUCUAAUUAAGUGGUAAUCUAGAGAAAAUCAAUGUAUUUUUGUGACAAAUAACUAAUGUAGUAUGUACAUCCUGGGAAAUUAUAAUAAGUUGGGUUAUGGCUAUAAACGGGGUUAAGUCAACCCACUUCUAAAAA